AUGUUUGUGCAGGAGUUUGAGCCCGAGGAAAAGCGUGCCGGGGACACCUUUGAGUCUCUGGAGGUGUUCUAUGAGGUCCUGAACGAGCUGCUGGGAGACCAGAGCCUGGAGAAGGUCCGUGUGGAGUAUGAGAAGCUCCUCCAUGCUCUGAAGAAAUCCAAGGACAACGAGAGGAGGCUCAUGUCCAAAUGCAGAGAGCUGAACGCAGAGAUCGUGAGCUCCUCCUCCAAAGUGUCUGCUGCUCUCAAACUGUCCCAGGAGGAUGAGAACACCAUCGCCUCACUCAAAAAGGAACUGGACAAAGCCUGGAAAAUGGUGGAUGCUGCUCACGAGAAAGAAAAAAAGGGCAAAGAGGUCAUCAAAAAUCUGAGAGAAGAAAUCACCGAUCUUACCAAAAAGAUUGAACAGCAAAGUGGAUACUCUGCAGACCAGGAGCAGAGUGAACUCCUUAAACUGAACGAGGAUCUGAGCCGAGAGAGGGACGAGCUUCAGGCCUCAGCAGAAGAACUCAGAGAGAAACUGAGACGUCUUUCUCAAACACAACAAGAAACUCAGGCUCUACGAGACCAAGCACAACAGACGGUUUCACAGCUCCAGCAGGAGCUUCAGGUUCAGCAGAAUGAGAUCUCUCGGGAGAUGAGGCUCAAGGAGAAACUGGACAAAGAGCUGAAGCAGCUGCAGUCGGACAUGGACUCUAAGAUGGCCGACCUGAAAGCUCUGAGUCAGCAGAGCCAAAAGGCCAAAGAGGAGCAGCAGAGGCACGAGCAGCAGCUCAAGGAGCUCAGGCUUAUGAACGAAAGAGCCACUAAAGAACUGGAGCAGAUGCAAGUGAAAAGUGCAAAACAACAACAGGAGUUUGACCAGCUGAGCUCCACUAAAGAACAUCUCAUUCUGGAAAACCACCACGUCUCAAACGAGCUCAAGAUGAGAGAGGACGAGGUGAAUCAGAUGAAGCAGGAGAUUUCCAAACAGAUAAAGAUGCGAGAGGCCGUUCAGAAGAAGUACCACCAGAUGGAGGACCAGAAGACCGACGCAGACGUGCAGAAGGAGACGCUCAAGGCACAGAUCUCUGGACUGGAGAAAGAUCUUGAAUCCGCCCAGAAACAGGUUGAUGCAGAUAAAAAAGCCAUCGAUGAGCUGACCAGAGAACGAGACAUCCUCAAUAAGAACAUAAUCAAAGCUGCGGUGUCCACGGAGAAGCAGCAGAGUCUGGUGAAGCUUCUGGAGCAGGACAAGAAGACACUAGAACAUGAGAUCCUGGGGUACCGUCAGGAGGCCCAAAAACAGAGGCAGAUCAUCCAUCAGCUGGAGAAGGAACGUGACCGCCACAUCAACGAGACCAGCAACCUCAUGCACAAGGUGCAAGUGAAAAUAAACGACCUGGAGAUGAGAGAGAUGGAGAUAUUCGACUGGAAGAAGAAAGUGGCAGAGUCUGAGUGUAAACUGAAACAGCAGGAGAACCUUCUGGAGUCUGUGGUGACAGAGAGGAACCUGUACAGCAAGAACCUCAUAGACACCCAGGAGGAAGUCUCUGAACUGAAGAUGAAGAUGAAGACCAUGACUAACCAGGUGUCUCGUCUGAGGGAUGAGAUCACGGGGAAGGAGCAGACCAUCGCCAAAGAGCAGCAGGAACACAAACGUCUGGACAAAGACAACGAGGCGCUCAGGGUGGAGCUGCAAACGAUGAAAUUGCAGUUGGAGGAGACGAAGCAGCAGGUGGACAAACAGAAAACAGAACAGCACAAACUCCACAAGAUCAUCUCCGACGCCGACUCUGAACAGGCCCUGCAGAGGAAACAACUGGAGCAGGUGAUCCGAGAUCGGGAUAACCUGGGCAAACAGCUGCUGCGGCGUAAUGAUGAGCGCGCCCUGCUCUACGAGAAGAUCCGGAUCCAACAAUCAGUGCUGAGUAAAGGAGACCAUCACUACAGACAGCGACUGGAGGACAUCAGACUGCUCAGGCUGGAGAUCAGGAGGCUCAGGAGGAAGAAGAGUGCACUGGACAAGAGCAUCCCCAACACAGAGGAGCUGAGACAGGAGCUCUUUCACCUGCAGAGGGAGCUGUUGAGAGAACGCACCAGAAACAGCAUCUUAGAGGAGCAGCUCAAACCCAUCAAUAUUCACAGAUGGAGACGACUUGAGGGAAGUGAUCCUGGUAAAUAUGAGCUUAUUCAGAAGAUCCAGUCGUUACAAAAACGUCUUAUCGCCAAAACUCAGGAGCUCGAAGAAAGUGAUCUACUACUACAGGAGAAGGAGAAGUUGUACGUGGAUCUGAAACAUGUUUUGGCUCGACAGCCUGGUCCUGAAGCGGCUGAGCAGCUUCAACAGUGCCGCUGGAUGUUGAGAGAGAGAACCAAGAAACUCAAGCUGCUGAUGGCAGAGCUCACCAUGACGGACUCUAGAGUGAACGAGUACAAGUGUGAGAACCAGAGACUGGCCGAUGAGCUGGCCAACAUCAAGAAGAAGUAUCUGCGACAGAAAAAGCUGCAAAGUGAAACAAAGAACCAAAAUAAAGUGGAGCACAUAGAGCGUCUUCCUCAGCUCUUCAACAAACCACACUUCACCGGAGGAGGCUUCAAGAUCGAAAACCCCGCCAGAAGAUUACAGCUAUAACUAUGAC